AUGUCUCUUCCCCUCGCAGGCAAAGUUGCUAUUAUUACAGGCUCCUCACGCGGCAUCGGCGCCGCGAUCGCGAAGAGGCUCGCUGCAGAUGGCGCAUCGGUAGUCAUCAACUAUGUCAGCUCCGCGGACGUGGCGCAGGUACUCGCGGAUGAAAUCAACGAGGAAGGCAAGGGCUCCGCUAUUACUAUCCAAGGAGAUAUGUCUUCAGUUGUGGAGGGAAAUAGAGUCGUCGAGAAGAGCGUAGAGCACUUUGGCAGUCUCGAUAUCCUCGUGCUUAAUGCGGCGUAUAUGACCCUCCUGCCGCUAGAGAGCGUCACAGAAGAGGAGUUUGAUAGGCACUUCAUGGUGAAUGUCAAGGUUCCGCUCUUCCAGGUCCAGACGGCAUCAAAGUACAUGAAACCGGGUGGUCGGGUGAUUUUUGUGUCCUCCAACGUUACCAAGAACUCCAAUGUAGGGCCGCAGUCGUUGCUGUAUGCUGCGACGAAAGGCGCGCUGGAGCAACUCAACCGUGUGCUUGCGAAGGACCUUGGUGCCAGGGGCAUCACCGUCAAUGCAAUCUCCCCAGGAGUCACUGCAACCCCAUUGGCUCUCAGAACAUUGGGCCAGGAAGUCCUCGAUCACUUUGCCGAGAUUCACCCCGCGAAGCGUAUCGCACGGCCGGAUGAUAUCGCGCCUAUGGUCGCUUUCUUGGCCCGAGAGGAAGCCCGCUGGAUAAACGGUCAAAACAUCUAUAUCAACAAUGGAUCCGUAGUAUGA